UUCUAGAUUUAUAAAGUUUUAUCAAAAUUAUUUCAAAUAAAAUUAUUCAAAAAAAAUUAAAACGACAAUUUUUUCAUAUUAAAUAAAAUAACUUUUGUCCGAAAAAUCAAUAAAAAUAUUUUUUAUCAUUAAAAUACAAAUAUUAUUCAAAUGCAUCAAUCAGAAAGAAAGCCAGCCCCCAUUCAAAGAACUUCAACUACAAAGAACUAAAAUUUUAGAAACAAAACAAAUAAGCGGGAAAUAGCUAUUUUGUUUUAAAAUGAGCGAAAAGCUGGUUACACAUAAUUUACCAUGGGUUGAAAAGUAUCGACCUGAAAAAUUGGAUGACCUAAUAGCACAUGAAGAUAUUAUCAGAACAAUUAAUAAAUUCAUCAAGGAAGAUAGAUUACCUCAUUUGUUAUUUUAUGGCCCUCCUGGAACUGGCAAAACGUCCACAAUACUUGCCUGUGCUAAGCAAAUAUAUUCUCCUGCAGAAUUUUCAAGCAUGGUCUUAGAGUUAAACGCUUCUGAUGAUCGUGGCAUUGGUGUUGUGCGAGAACAAAUUCUUGGUUUUGCUAGUACCAGAACAAUAUUCAAAUCUGGUUUUAAAUUGAUUGUUCUUGAUGAAGCAGAUGCUAUGACAAAUGAUGCACAAAAUGCCUUAAGGAGAGUGAUAGAAAAAUUCACUGAAAAUACUAGGUUCUGCUUGAUUUGCAAUUACUUGUCAAAGAUCACACCAGCCAUUCAAUCAAGGUGUACACGUUUCAGGUUUGGUCCUUUAUCAAACAAACAAAUUUUGCCAAGGCUCGAUCAUGUAGUGGAACAAGAAAAAUUAAAUGUAACUGAGGAUGGAAGGAAAGCUUUAAUGGAUUUGGCACAAGGUGAUAUGAGAAAAGUUCUUAAUGUUCUACAGUGUGCUUCAUUAGCAUUUGAUGUUGUAAAUGAAGAAAAUGUUUAUGCUUGCGUUGGACAUCCCCUAAAAUCGGAUAUCACAAAAAUUGUCAACUGGUUACUGAAUGAUGAUUUCGUAUCUGCCUUUAAUAACAUUAAUAAUAUGAAAACUUUAAAAGGAUUAGCUUUACAAGACAUUUUGACUCAAGUUCACUUGUAUGUGCACAGGAUUGAAUUACCAGAUAAUGUGAAAAUUCAUUUGCUAGUAAAAAUGGCAGAUAUUGAAGAUAAUUUAGCUGCUGGUACUAGUGAAAAAAUUCAACUCAGUGCUCUGAUAUCUGCCUUUCAAGUUGCUAGAGAUAUGGUUCAGUGAAGAAUUUGUAUAUUUAUUUUAAAUAAACUUUUGUAUUCUUAAUAA